AUGAAGAGGCACCUUGGUUGAUUCGAGGAAUGAACGAAUUUUUUUCUUUAUAUCUGUCUAUUUCGUAACUUUUCAUGCUCUAGACAAGCUUAGCUACAUUUUUUUUUUGAUCAAAAUCGAGAAUUUUUUUUUAUAAAUGGCAUGAUUUUGUUGAAACCUGUAUUUUUUCCGUCUUACAGGUUUUUGGGAAACAAGUAUUGUAGUAGAGAAAUUUUUGUUUCAAUUUAAAUCAAAAGGGUUUUUUUUGGUUUUCUGAAUUUAAAAAGUGUAUUUUUCCAACUUCUUGGUUUUCCUCGUCUCGUUAAAAAGUGACUUAAAAUGCCACCAAAAUAUUUUGAGCUUUUUGAUUUUUCGGCGGGUGACGGCUGGUCGCCGAACGAUCAAAAUCGAUCUUUUUUCCGAUCUGUCUAGUGUUUGACCGCGAAAUUUGAAAUCGAGCGCCAGAAGUCGGGAUGAAAGCGAAAUUUUUUUCUCCCUACGUCUGUUUAAAAAUUCUUUCUCUAUGGUUCAGAGUAGCAACGAAAAUUUUCAAUGCGAAGAGAUUUGUUUUUGUAUAUUUUGCGUUUAGAAACUUUUUCAGUGGAUCAUAUCGUUGAAUUUUGAAUGGUAGAGGGAGUUGUUUGGUUUCUGAAACGUUAUCAAUCGGAAAUAAUGUCGCCUAAGGGCACGCCGAUCGAUAGAUUCUUUUUCUCGACGCCCAAUUCGGCCAUUUACUGACAGUUUUAUACGUAUACCUGUUGUUGUUCCAUGCAAUCAUGCCCUUUGCUGUUAAUUUGAUCGCUAUUUUUUGGGUACAGUAACGAAAUUCGGAGAAGAGAAGAAUUUUGUCUUUUUUCUUUUCGAAAAGACGUUUUACAUUCGAGUUCCUUUUUAUUUUGAAUGUAAAUUCUGAAAUCAAGACUUUAGUACUGUAGUUUGAUGAAAAGACUGAAAAAAAGGUGUGUUUUUUUAAUCUAAGCAAAUUUUGGGUUUUCGAGCUGAAAUGAGAAAAAUUGUUCGGAUAGGAACCUUUUUUUCGACUAAAAUUUUUUGAUUAGAGCUUCAGUACUAUGCUUGCUAAAAAAUGAGUUUCGGGAAGGUUUUUUUUAGUUGAAGGUGAGAAAUCAAUAUAUUUAUUUUUUUGUAACGAGAAACCUCUCAAGAAAAAAAUAAUACAAAAAGGCUAUUUUAUAUAAACUUUUUAAAUUGAAACGAUUUUUCGUAUCGAUUUUAUUCUUCUCGAUCAAUUUUAGAGCUAUUUGGAGCCGGAUUCUGAAUAGUUUAAUGCUUUUUAUCAAUAUUCGUUAUCAGCUUUGACACACGCUCCCGAUUCGUUCUUUCCAUAGCCAUCAUUAAAGGAAAAUGCUCUCGAUUGGCACGAAAUUAGGAAUUUUCCCCCGAAUUUCUUUAUUUGUACUUCGGCUCCGUUCUCAUUCUCAAGCGUUUCGUUUCCGAUUUCAUUUGAAAAUAAAUUUUUUUUGUUGCAGAAAAAUAUAUCGAUUGGCCGACGGAUGGUUUUUAAAUAAAUAAACUCGUUUUUCUGCAUUUUCUCCGGCGUGUGAUGAAAGUUUGGUGAUGUACGACAGUAAUCGAAUCGGAAAGAAGCGAAAACCAAAAAAAUAAUCGAUUUGAACCGGAGUUUUCUAUUUGCCCGUCUUUCGGGGUUCAAGGUUUGGAGUUUUCUUGUUGAUUGAUCAUAAAGGAUUUUAAAUUGGGAUUAUUGAGAUUUUAUUGGUAAUUUAGGACGUUUCAAUUGAAAACUAUAGCUAGGGGAAAGCUCAGAAGUGAAUUUUAUCAUUAUUUUUUCAGGUUUUUGAGUUUAUUUUUGUUCUCAUUAAGUUGGGAGGGAACUAGGUCAAAAAUAAUGGAUGAAAAAUAAAUGAAUCACAUCAAGAAGGUGAUUUGAAAGUCAAAAAAUAAUGCCCACUAUUUUCUGUAAGACCGUUGAAAUUAUUUCUGUUAGAUAAUGAUUAAAGAAUUUAUCUGAUGCCUAUUUGUUUUGCAAUUUUGACUUUUUCCGAUUUUUUAAGAUUAUAAUCUGGUCUUUUUCUGUUUUUGUCGUUACUUUGAGUCGAGCGGAGUCAUUUCCUUUGAAAUAAAGCAAGAAAAAAGUGUCAGUGAGGAAAUUACUGUGAAAUAGACACUGGAAAACCUGUUGGAAGAACUAUCAAUCAAUGAGUAGGAAUAUUAAAGAAAAUUACAAAAUGAAAAAAAAAAAUUGUGGGGAUUUUUCCAAAAAUCUCAUUUUACAGAGUGCAAAAUGAAAGAGAUGUUGGGUGGGUGCUGCGUCUGUGCCGAUGAGAACGGCUGGACGGACAAUCCCUUGAUCUACUGUGAUGGUCCCAACUGUGAGGUCGCUGUGCACCAAGGUACGCGCCCGGAAUUUUGGUUUAAUUAAAAUCCAGCUUUCAUUUUUUUUCAAUGAAAGAGGCGCUAAAAACUAUCAAUUUUCAGUUCUAGCUUUGAUUUUUUGAUCUUUUCUUCAUGUUUCUCUCAAUUUUUUGCUCAAAAGAUGACGAUUUUUGAAAUUAAACUUGGCUGAAAUGCGCUUUGGGAUUUCCUUGAUUCAAAAAAAGUAGAAAAUUCUCACAAUAGAUCUAGUUUCCGAGUCUCUGAAGUUCGUACUCAAGUACCUUUCAGCCAAGUUUCAUCUAAAAUCUCAACCAGUAGCCAAAAAACAUCCCCUUGAAUAAUGCAUUAAAAGUGAUUGUAAAUAGCCAUCAAAUCGUAGAAAAAAUAACUGAAUUCUAGAGAUUCAAAGAUAAUUUCGAACUUCACAAAAAUUGCUCUGAACAAGGCAAAAUUCUUGAUAUUCGUAUCGAAGAAAGUUGUCGCCAUUUCAAGCCAUUCCCAGGCUGCUACGGGAUUCAAGAAGUGCCGGACGGCGAGUGGCUCUGCGCCCGUUGCAGCGCUUCUUCCUCCACCUCCCACCAGGAGACGGAGAACGUCAACGGCGACGUCAAUGGCGACGACGACACUUUGAAUGGACGCAGAUCCUUUCGCUGUGUCCUUUGUCCCAGCAGCUAUGGCGCUUUCAAGAAAACGGAUCAGAAUGGUGAGUCUUUGGAGAAGUGAUAGUUAGUGGACAGUACAGUUAGUUCUAUAAGUUUCUUUUUUUGGAGUGUAGGAAGUAUCUACUCACGAGAAAGGUUCUUAAUUCCAAUACUUCACGAUUUUUAACUGUCCUGAUUAUGAAAUUUGAGUAACAGAAAGCUUCAAGAGUUCAUUUUCGAGUUUUGAAUUUUUCAAACUAAUCGGGCUCUAAGGGGUGAUUUUUCUCAUAUUUUUUUGUAAAGUUUAAUUAAUGACUUGAAAAAAACGAAAUAACUUGAUCUAAUCAUUUUUUUGUCCUUGAUCCGAAAAAAAGUGGCUCUUUUUUGAAUUUUAUUCGAAGCUGUUUGUAAGGUUUCUUUCUCUCAUUACCUUCACCUUGAAAGUCUCGAUUUCAAAAAAUGAGGGAUUCUUCAGGCGAUUUGAGCGUGUUUUUAUGAUGCAAAUGAAAAAAAAAUUGGCAAAUAUAAUGAAUUAUUCAAAAAAUUUGAUUUCGCUUAAGUUUUCUUUGCUUCCGAGAGAAGAAAAAUUAUGAUUCAAAGUGUUUCUCAGGAUCUUAAAAAUAUAAUAAUUUUUCAAGAUUAGACUUUUACAUAAUUUUGUACUUUUUCAACAGGAAAAAAACUAAAUUUUUUUGAAAUUUCUGCUUCUAUUUCAUUGUUCCUCAUUGAAAAGCUCUAUAAACUAUGAAUUUUUAGGUUGGGCCCACGUGAUUUGUGCGCUCUACAUUCCAGAAGUGCGGUUUGGCGACGUUCACAGUAUGGAUCCGGUGAUUCUCUCCGACGUACCCAAUGAAAGGUGCCUUUAUCCCACUUUUUAUCACGUAAUUUUAAAUGGAAAUGAAGGGAAAUGUGUUGGAAUAAGAAGAGAAAAAGUUCAAUCGAUCAUUUCGGCGGCGAACGGAUCGUAAAAAUCGUCAACCUUGCAAAAGAAAAAUCGAUUCUUAUCGGGCGCCGGAGAUGGACGUUUUUGGUCGUUUUUGAAUCGGGGAAACGUGAAAGAGAGUUUGAAUUUUCUGUGGGAUAGGGCUUGUCGAAAAGUUAGUUGCAGAAGGUGCAGGAGAAUUUUUUUUUCUAGAAAGCUUCUUUCUUAGUUAGUAUGGAAAUCAGUGAUUUUCAAAGCUCUUCGGGACAUUUUGGACCAAUUAGCUGAUGCUGUUGAUAAGAUUUUAUAUGGGGUGGCUGUAAGUAACAGAAUAACUUUAUUAGUCGCUCCAAAAUUUUCAACUCCUUGAAAGCUCUCAUCGAAAUCAUCCAUUAGAAUAUGUUGCUUCGAAAUGGAUGCUUUGAUGCAAAGAAAAGGAAGAAAACAGAAAAGAAGCCACCAAAUAUCGAUGAAGCUUUGCUGACGUUCUAUCGAUCAGUUCUGUUGCUUCUCUUCUCCACAUCAAAAAGAGAGACGAAAAGAGCAGAGAAAUAAAGAAAAAUGUAGAGAUAGAGAGGUCCAGAGAUGCAGACGAACGGCUGAGCACGUGGGUUUUUGGCAAGUGACUGGCUAUCGAUUUUUCCUCUCUGUUCUCACGUUUGGUUCUACUUGGAGAGCAGCUCAGGCUAAGGCAUGGGAACGUGGGAUUUGGCUUUCCAAGGGGAUUAAAAUCUCGAAAUUUUGAAGCUUUGCAGGGUUUGAAAUGGAAAAUUUCGAUGGAAAAUAGUUAAUUUCUGACUUUAAAGGCUAAACAAUGUUGUUUUGUGUUGAUUUUCGACCAGUUAACUUCUUCAGAAGACCUAGGAUAGCGUGCAACAGAAAUAAGUGUAGAAAAAGGUUUUUAUAAGGGUUUUAAUGGAAUAUUUGAGGUUUUAUAGCCUGUUCAGGACUUUUUUAAAAAAGUAAACUAUCAGAAAAGUACAAGAAAUGUUCGAAAAACAGAAGAAAAUAAUCAGAAAAUAAUGAAGCGAUCAAAAUUUGAAACUAACUUGUGUUAUUGCAGGUUCGAGAAGCUGUGCUACCUCUGUGAGGCGAACGGCAGUCGGAAGAACGCCAAAUUGGGAGCUUGUAUGUCCUGCAACAAGCCCGGGUGUAAGGUGAAUACAAGAGAAAAUCUGAAAAAUAAAAUUUCGAAAAAUAAAAUUGCCAAAAGUACGGCAAGUGAAACUAUAGGUAUUGAAAAAUUGGAUGAACGGAAAAAGUAGGAAAUAUUGCAAAAAUUGACAACCCUUGGAGCGCUGGAUAAACAAAAAUCAUUGAAAAAACGGAGGGAACCAGUUGGAAAACAAGAUUUCCAACAUUGAAUAAACAAAAAUGAUUGAAAACAUUGCGAAACUACUCAGGGACUUCAGAGUGGUUCCUAUAGGGCAACAUUAAGGGCACCUGGAGGGUCCUCUCUAGGGACGACUUUACCAACCCCUCUAGGGGCCAAUAAAGCUUGAAAAAGCGGUCCUUAUAGGGGUUAUGCUAGUCGAUAAACUGAGUAUCUUGAUUUUACCCCUACAGGGACCACUUUUUUGAUCUCAAUAGGUGCUGUUUUUCUCCCUUAUCCCUAUAGGGACCACAUAAAAAUUCUUAUGUAUGAAUGACUCACCACUGGUUUAGACGAAAUUUAAAAGGUCUAGUCAAACAUUUUUGUUCGUAAAAAUGGUCCGGAAAGGAUAAUUUUGAAUUCCUACACGUCCUGUGCAAGGUAGCUGGGAAGGUAGAAAUCCAAAAAUGAAGACGCUGGGAAGGCAAACUGAUGAGGAUGAAUCACGAGAUUAUUAAUUAGGAGGCGAUGCGGUGAAGAGGAUAAUUUCGACCUUUUCAUAGUGAAGUUAAUGAAAAACAUCGAAAGGGUGAUGAGUAAUAUUUUUCGAGCUCAGAAGCUUCUAGAACUUUCUUCCUUCAGGUUUUCGUGUAUAUAAAAAGUGAAAUUGAAGCUUGCAAGACAAAAAAAAAGUUUAAAAAAGAAGUUAUAUUCACUUUACUCAAAUAUGUUCAAACUCUUCGGAGCUAGUAGUGAUUUUUGAAAGGAAUUUUCAGAAAAUGUCGAAAUUUAAAGGCAAAAUAGUGCAGCAUGUCGAGAAUUACAAAUAUCUUAAUUUCGAAAUUAUUUAAAUUUUUUUUUACAAUAAAGAGCAGUUUUCAAAACCUAGCCUAAAAAAUGAUGAAGCUUUGCAAUUUUACAAUGGUUGAAAAAAUGACAAGUUUUCGAACCAAACUGUGUGAUGACUCAUAUUUAAGAGCCUAGAACUUUCUAAAAAGAGUGAGAAGUGUGGCAAAACUUGAGGCCUACGAUUUCAAAAGUUAUUUUUAGCUUACAAAUGCCACCUCCUUGAAUGUUCGGUUUUUUCUUGUAUCUUUUCUUGUAAGUUUUUUUCAAGGUUCUAAUAUUAGCAGAAAAUAUUAUUAGGAUAACCAGUAAUGGCAAGAUUUCGUAAACUCUGAAAAGAUAGAAACUCACAAGUAAAACAGUGAAAAUGAGGCGAAAAUCGUAAAGGAACACGAAAUGAAACGCGAGGCACAGGACUGACAGAUGUCCACAUAUGUCUUUUCCUUUGGGUUCUUUCUUUCUUUUUUUUGCGUUCUCCCUUUCUUGUACCCCGAAACCACAAACGGCUGGCACGCACGUGUGCCUUCGUCGUCUCGUUUCAAUUUAAUUCCCAGUUGCUUCGAAACGAAAAUUGAUUUAUGUUUUUAAUUCGGAGUGGUUUUGAGCUUUUGGCCGUCUUUUUUGCUAGGUUUUUUGAUGGGCAUCUCGGCACGAUGUGAUGAUUUUUAGCUUUAGAGAAAGGUUUUUGGACCUAAAAAUGUUUUUUUUUUCGUAGAAAUUCUGGUGUUUUGAGCAGAAAUAAAAGGUUCUUAGGAGAUUUAGGGAGAAUUUAUCUACUUGAGAUUUGAUUUCUAGUUUUUUGAGGAACAGCUCCGGAAACCAAAGCGUGUAGAAGCAUUUUUGAGGCAAUUUUGCACGAUUUUACAUAUAAAAAAUGUUUCAAAUCAAUUUUGAGGUGGACAGAAAGUUGUUUUGAAAGCUGGGAUUGUUUUCGGGUGUUUAUACUUUGGGAAAAUCUAUUUUGAUCAUAUAUAAUCCUUUUUUCGAAAGUCUCUAGAGGAAAACAGCUGGCUUCAUUGCGAAACUUUCAUGAAAAUAAUGACCUGUUUGCUUCGAAUAAACUGAAAAGGAAAAAGGUCUUCUAGAGCUUUAUUGCGGUGUGCUUAGCGUGAGGAUCAGUGACCGGGAAUUGUAUCCUUCCCCUUUUCCUAGAGACAACAAUUUCAUUCCCUUUUAUAUGUUAUAUAAGAUGGAGGUAGCUAUGGUUACGCGGUCCUUUCUCUUGUAAUGGCUUUGAAGAGCCGUCAGAUAUGUUUACGAGAGGAUUCUAGUAGGUUUCGAGUAGGCAGUGAAUGUGUCCAUUCAUUUUAAAAGUUUUUAAGUCUUUUUAGAAGCUAAAAAUGUUUAUAAUAAGUUUUUUUGAAAUCUUAUUUUAUCUAAAGAUUGAUUGUUUUCAAGAAAACUGUAGGGAUCCUUUCGUUCAAGCUUCAUAAAGCAAUUUUGAGGGAAUAUUUUGGUGUAUUUUAACAAUAAGAGCUCUCAGUUUGAUCAUUUUGACAACUUCUGUGACUUUUAUGAUCUUCUACACUUUUAAGCUCGGAAGAGAACAAUUUAUAAACUUCAAGCCUUCAAAGAAGUUUUCAUACUCCUUCCAAGUCCUCGAAAUUUUUCUCUGAAUGAACUUUGAGAAUUUUCUAACUUUUUUUGAUGAAAUAUGAUUCAAAGUCUAUUUUUUUGUGGUUAUCAUUACAAUAAUUCCAGCGCGGCUUCCACGUAACAUGCGCCCAAUUGAAAGGACUUUUGUGCGAGGAAGGCGGCGGCAGCAAAAACGUCAAGUACUGCGGCUACUGCGACAAUCACCUCAGGAAAGCGGUGAGUAUCAAAAAAAAUUCUCGAAUUUUCCACUUUUUUUGACCCAAUGUAUUCAUCGCGUUGUAUUUUUGGAACGAAAAAUGAUUUUUCCUAACCUCUGGGCUCUGAAAUGUGAAGGACGAGCGGUCUAUUUUUGGGACAAUUUGUCUGCUUCUGCACUCCUACGGUAGUGAGGGGGAAGAGUACUUUUUCGGGUCGUCAGAGCUUCUAUGACAAAAAUUGAUGGAUGAUUAGUGAUUUUUGAAGGGUUUCGAGGAUUUGGAUGGUAAGUUUACAGGAAAAGUUGCUCGGGAUUAUUUUAGGUCUGUAGAAAUUGGUUUACUUUGGACCAUUUCUUAAUAUUUUAGACUUUUCAUAAGAUUUUCAGCUUUUUGAGGGUAUGAAGAAGCUUUUUGCCAUUCAGUUGUUAUCCGGGAAUUUUGAGCCUUUUUUGGAGGUCCAGGGUUUUUUAUUGGAGACGUCGGCGAGUUUCAGGUAUCUGUUGUUGCUUGUGUAGUUCAUUCAAAGAGGUGUUCCACCAGAAGUUUUAAAAUAAGUCCUGAAAAAUUUGGAAGUUAAAAAAACCGGUUGUCAGUAUAUUCAGUUACGUAAUGAUUUUCUAGAAUUUUUUUUUUUGGAAAAAAUGCUCAUAUGCGCAGUUUUUCAAAUUUAUUUCCGAUAGCCAACACCUGACAAUUUUUUUUUGUGAAAAUUUUUCCCCUAAAAGUCAACAAGUUGAAAAUGGAGACGAAUUUCCACGUCUGUUUUUUCACACGUCCUUUUCCAUGCAACGCUGAUGAUGAUGAUGAUACAAACAUCCCCUCUGCGAAAUCGAUUCGUCGUCGUUGUUUUUUUUUUUCUCCUCCUCCUCCUUUUACGGGGGUUCCGCGGCUUCUGUUGCUGCUUCUCCUUCUCCAAAGGCUCCGCCCAUUUUUUCGCCUCUGAAUGAAGAAACGACCGCGAAUACGAUGAGAAAGAUGGAUUUUUCGCUUCUUUUUCGGCCCCGUUGCCCGAAACUCCUAGGCAGAGCAGCUUCUGAUGCUUCGAUUCGUGUGAGGCGUGGAGACGCAGGUCGAGUGAGGAGAAAGUUGUCGAGUUUCUUCGGCUGUCUGCGUCUUCGUGGUCUUUUUCUCUCUAUCUUCGCGCUUUUGGGUUUUGAAUGGAGAUUUCGGUGGUCAAAGCUACUACGAAUGGACUUUUUGAUUUAAAUUUGCAGUUAUAACGAUAUAUCUACUGGUUACGGUGUUUCAAUAUAGUUAAACCGGGGUAGAAAUGGAUUUGGAUACGAAUCUUUAACUUAUAAAAAAAUCAUGGGGUUUUUUUAAUUUUUGCUUUUUCUCGUUGGUCUUUCUCGUUGGUCUUUUCUCGUUGGUCCUGUGGCGAUUCUCAUGGCUCAAAGUAAAAAUAAUAGGUUUUUUUCCAGAAAAAGUGAGGAUUUUAGGCCUUACAAUGGAAGGAAAAAGCUGGAGAUUAGGCUCGUUUUACAGUUUUUUUAUGCACUACGAGUUUGUACGGCUUGAAAUUGUUAUUUUUAGUUAGAAAGUAGAAAAAAACAUAACUUGUAUGAUAACUCUUCGGACGAUAACAGAAAAUAAUAUGAGUUGAAAGUUUGAAAGAGCUGAAAUUAUGAAUUCUGAAGAGAAAAAUUGGAGGUUUUUUAGCUUUGAAUCGGAGUUUUUAAGCCUUUUUUCAAUCUGUGAAAGUUAAUAAGACAAGAGGAGGUGUUCAAGAGGACAAUUUACCGGCAGGUUUCUAAAACUUUGCUUUCCCUACAUUUCGAAUAUUUUUGGUCAACCAUAAAUUUAAAAAAAAAACAAGCUUUUUUGGCGUUCAUCCACCAAAUACACACGUGUGAGUCAUUUAGACAACAGAGAGAAUCGACGUAAAACCGCAUCCAUUUUUUUUUUUGCCCUACCAUAAAUCACGUUGCUCUUUGACGGCCCGUCGAUGACGCGAAUGUCUAGGCAUUUUUAACGAAAAGGUUGAAAACACACACGUAAAUUGGACCAAAAGGUCCAACUUCCUAUCUUUGUUUGAAUUUUUUUGAGGAGAAGAAGAGCUAGAGGAACAUUUAUUUAACUGGUAAUUUUAGUGAAAAAAAUUUUUUUCAUCAACCCGUUCUGAAACUCCACAUGGAAAAAAAUGGCGGAAUUCUCAUCAUGAAAAUAAAGAAAAAAAUGAAAGUACAGUUUACGAUUCAGGACUUUUUGAAAACAUCACCGAAAAGUUGAGAUUCACAGGUUUUUUAACUAGAUUCAAGCGAAAGAUAUAUCAGAUUUCUAGAGUUAUAAAUGGGGAAAAAGUUGUUUAUGAAGGACUGUGAAAUUAUUUGCGCUGAAAAGUCAUAUCCUAAUUUGAAAAUUCAAAAAAAGUUACUUAACUUAUCAGUAAACCUUACGAAAAAGUAAAGUACAGAAUUUUUGGGUUUUUUUUUUGGAGUAAAUUUUCAAAAGUCGAAAGCUUCUUCUAGUGGUGGUGGUUGACUGCACUUUGCAUUCGGCUCGAUAUAUUGAAAUCGGAUACGAAAAGGCUUCCGAGGUCUCCACACACACGCGCGCGCGCUUUCUCGUUGCGUGUGAUUUAUCGCCAAUUUCGCCUCUUUCAUUGAAAUUUGCUACCAAUUUAUUUGGAUUUUUCGGGUUAGAAUGGUUAAAAGUUUUAGUCUCUUUGCGAAUUUACGCUCUGUUGAUAAGGCUUGCGAUUUUUGUGAUUAAAAAAACGUCAGAAGCAAGUUCAAUUAUUUUAAUGAAACUUACUCGGUUUAGUAUUGACAUUAAUCGAUAAAAAUAAUAAUUAGGCGAAAUUAAAAAGAAUCGGUUUUCGAUGGAGAAAAUAUUCUCAAUGCUAAAAAUUAAGUCUUUUUUUUGCUAAAAAAAUUGUGUUAAAUGUUUCUCUGAGAGGCCUGUACGGCCAGAAACCACCAAAAUUGUACUCGUUCUUUUUUUUUGCUUUUGUUUAGUCGAAAAAUGUCCCGUGGCAACGUGUUGAAAGCGUUUUCCAUCCAUUCCCAUGUGAAUUCGAUCAGCUGCUUUGGCUCCUCUUUUUUUUCUCAUUUCUUUGUCGGCUGUUUGCGGAGAGAGUGUCUUUUAGUUGAAAAAAAAAAUCAGAUUGGAAGCUCUUUUUGGAAAGCGAAUUGAGACUACUGAAAAAUGAAAGAAUGGAUUUUUUUGAUUUAAUCAUAAGCAUGAUUUUGUAGUUAUGAUAUUUGAGGAAAAUAAACCUAAUUCUUUUCAAACUUCCCAAAAAGGCCAAGAUUUUAUCGGAGGCUCAAAAAAGGGGUGAAAGUGCGCUCUGAGGCAAACAUAGAGUUAUUUUUUUGAAUUAAAUAAGUGAGGUCUGUAGCUCAUUUUUGAAGAAAUAGUACGCUCCAAGGAGACUUUGUUUGAAUCCAUGAUAAUGUUUGUUUUCUGUUAUUAUCUCGCUGAGGAUUAGCCGUCCAACGAGGAUUAACCCCGAUCGUUUUGCCUCCAUCGAUUCGAUCCAUUCGUUUCGCGAACGAAGGAAAAUCAAUCGAUGAAUGUGUGUGUGUGUGGCGGUGGCGUGGCGAUGGAUGGACCGGCCAGUCAAAACUUUUUUUUCUUUCCGAAAAAGCUCCGCCCAUUUCUGUUCUCCUCUCCUGAUGCUUUGCUUAUUGUAGCUGUUGAAAGGAGAAGAGAGAGACCCAGAGAAAUUGAGAGCAACACCACAUGACGAAGAGAGUCGGUCGUUGUUGAGACGUUUCUCCGCUUCUCUGACCCUCUCUCUCCCCGUCUCUUGGUCUAUUCGAUCGGACACCCUCUCUCCGCCGGCUGCUGAGGAAAGAGGAGGAGGAACCGAGCCACCACCUCGAAUGCUAUUCAGAAAUUUUUUUUCUUUUUUUUUCUCACUCCUUGGUCCUCUUGACCAUUAGCACCUUGAUUUUUUGAUUUUUUUUUUCUCCUCACUUGCGGCGUGAGAUUUCACUCGGGCUUAGACUUGCUUUUGGGGCUCGUUAUCUUGGUUUUUUCGGCCAACUUUGAACUUCACCUGAUUCUCAGACUUUUUCUCUGGUCUUUGAAAAAAGUGAAUUCAAGUUGAGAUUUUAUGAUCUAGUAAGUUUUUGCCGUACUUCUUAUACUCUGUUUCACGGUUAAUUCUGAAUUAGAUGAGGUUUCUCGGUUGUAUUUCAUGGCUUACUGAAAAAAAAAGUCGCGCUUUUUUUCGAGUCUUCAGUUCAGAUUCAUACCCGGUUUUGAAAGUCUUUUGCGCUUUUUAGCUGUUUUUUUCAUUUAGUUUAUAUGAUUUUCAAAAAAAUCUUCUGAAACUUCAAAACGGGUCCAGCGAGUUUUUGAUAUGAACGGUUCGAAAUGUUUCAGUCUUAGCACACUUUCUUGCGAUUUUUUUAAAAUGAAUUAAGAAUUAAAAAAAGUUAUUAUUUACAUUUUAGAAGUGUUUAGUGCCUCUCUGAAGUCUUUACAGGUCGUUUUUGUAAGAUUAUCAGUGAACCAUGAGCCUUUGUUGAUUUUCUGUUGGUUCUUGAAACUUUUUAUGCUUUUCUCUGAAAAUCAACGACUUUCGAGUGUAAUGUGGAGCUAGAAAAAUGUUCAGAACUUUAAAAAUGAUUUUAGCAGCUUUAGAAUAUUUAUAAUAAUGUAUUUUUUUAAUGAAAAAUUACGCUGAAAAGAUCUCUAGUCGACCUCCGGAACAAAAAUUGUACUGGAGGAAAUGGAAAAAAAGCGGCCGAUUCACUUUUCGUUCUUUUUUUUUGUUACAGCUGUUUGCUCUGUUUCUCUGACUCUUCUCGAUUUUUUCUUCAGAAGGGAUUUGAUAAGAUUUGUUUUGAGAGGUUUUAUACGUUUAUCAGCUGAGAGAUUGGUUAUCCUUCCGCGGAAUAGGAUUAUCAUGGCGUUCCUUCUUUGGAUGGUCAUUAAGGCGAAAUUGAGUGGGUUUUGAAAGGUUUAUUGCGAUUUUCAGGCUUUUUUGUAUGAAGCAAUGAGAUUUUUGAGGAUUUAUAAAGGCUUUAAAUGGAGUUUGGCUCUAGGAAAACUUCUUUCAACGGGAUUUUUCAAUUUUUCGAAUCAUAUAAUCAUUUAAUUUUUCUGUAGUAUGUCUGUAUUGAAAAUAACUGUAAUCCGAGCUGAAAGAAGAGAAAGUUUCAAGCGUUCAUGAAUUAAAAAUCAGGAACUCACUUUUUAAACGAUAUUUCGUACCUUUUUAAACGAUAUUUCGUACCUUGAUUAAACAAUUUUCGUGGUACACGUCUCUAAGAAUCACAAAGGUAGAUUAUUAGGCGUACAAGGCUUUAGAAAAACUUGAUUUGGAUUUUUCAAACUCGAAAAGAAGAUUUGACUUUAAGAACUACUUUUAUGUAGUUUAGUUUGCUUUUUCUUUUAUUUUCUUUAGCUGCAACUGUAAAAUAAGAUCGCUAUGAAUCCAAAAAAGAAGAUUGAAUCUCAAAAACUACUGUGAUUUUUGUCUUCAAGUGUAAUGCAGCUAUAAAAAGCCCACUUGGGUCGAAUUCGGCUUUUAAAAGAAAAUCCAACCUCAAGAACUACUGUACUUUGGUUUGCUUGCUUUUCGCUGCCGUGACAUCUACAACUCUGAAACGGCCCUUUUCGAAUCGAUUUUGAACUUUGAGAGAAGAUUCAACCUCGAGAACUACUGUACUUUCUCUGUGUAUAUAUGUUGAGGGGCGUGACGGAAAGGACGAAGCGCCGCCACACGGCGUGAGGGAAACAAUGCGUUUGGAGGGUGGGAAGGACGAAGAGACGGGGGGUUUUUCUGUUCCGAUCGAUGAUGCUGCCGUGUGUGUGUGGGGCUGUGAGGCUGCUGCAGUCAGCGUAUGUGUGCGUAUGUAUGUCUCUUCUCUGUGUAGUGUAUAUGAGGGGAGGAGCGUGUGAGAAACCAAGUCGUUGACAGGCAGGUGUCAUCAACAAGCCUUGUCCGUCGUCCUUUCCGUCGUGAACAGAGAAGAGCGCGAGUUUGGGACUUUGCAGGAGUCGGGACUUCCUUGGAAGUAAAAUUGAGACAAAUUAGUGGAAAAAACCCUAAAUAUCGAGAGACAAGCUGUGAAAGUACGGUUUUAAUUAGCUGUUGGACUAAAAGAAGAAGAUUGAGGCGGCUUCAUCAAAUUUUGAAAGCUUUAGAAGGAGAAUAAGAAGGAAAGCUGAAGACCUUCGGAACUUGAAAAGGAAAUACCGUCUGAAAAAUCCGUGGAAUAUGGCUUGUAUCGCAUUCUGAAGCAUAAAAAACACUGAAGGGAAAAAAUGCUAAUCAGAAAAGAAAACGCAAAAGACAACUAGGAAAAGUAUCAUAUACGCUAUAUUGGUAGUUCCAAAACAAAAAGAGUAGCUUCCGUGAUGAAUUAGAGCUUUAUUUUGAGAACUUUCGCGCUCCAUUAAUAAUAAGGAUAGGAGUUUGAUUCGAAGUAAGUGGCAAAAAGUAGUCUUGUUGAAAUAUUUACAAUGGAAUCACAUACUGUCCGACGGCUGAAUUUUCAGAGAUUUUACGCUCUAAUGAUAACUGAAAACGAGGGUUGGGUUAUUCUGUAGAAAACUUGACCAUUUUGGCAACCCUUAUAGAAUUAGCCAUCGAGCGUCAUUGGCUAUCGAGAGAUUUUUCACCUUUUUUUUGGUCUUCUAGUUGCCAUUUUUCUCAAAUCAUACUUGGAAAACGUGUAUUUUUCGGCCCUCGAGAGAGUUCGACCCUGUCAUAAAUACGCCUCUCCAUAGAAACGCGUCGUGUGACCCUUUGAGUUUUAGUUCUGAUUCACUCGAAACGAGAAGGAAGGAGGAAAGAAAGGAAAGAGGGACUGGCCGAGUGCCAGUCUCUCUCUGUUUUCUCUCUUUCCUCUCGCUCUCUCUGUCUCUCCUCGUCACCACAACCGUCGACACCAGCCGAUAUAUGUGGCGUCGGCUUCGGUUUUGGGUUUUUCCCCGUCAGGUCCAACCUGUGUUGUUGGUUCUUUUUGCCUUUUUUUUGACCUACACAGCUUUUUUGUCGAUUUUUGGGGUUGAUUAGCAUUGAAGCGCAUCAGUUUCAAGGCUUGCCGGUCAUUUCUGUCGUUGACUUUAUGAAUGAGAUUUUCGCGUGUUUUCUUUGUUCUCGUUUUCCACAAGUAUUAGCAAGAGAAAGCUCAAGUUUUUAGUAUUGACGGCUAUUUUUGUCGUUGACUUUCUGCUAAGUUCUCUGUUUGUUCUUUUUACUGCACUUUUUCACUGACCUGGUAAUCUCUUUUUUUUUUCUCCGUUUUCAUCAGUUAUCGUUGCGUGAAGUUGGCAAUGGAGCGCACAAGGUCGAUUUUUCACCUAUAUUUCUUUGAGCAGAAAGUUUUGUUUCUGGAUUUCCUGGCCAUUUUGGGUUUUCAAGACUUUUAAACGUUUCUUCGGGUCUUUCUCUGUAGAUUCUGUUUGUUCCACCUUUCUCGGACCUACACGUUUUUUUCCCAAUUUUUUUUAUCUCCGUCUCCAUUCGUACGUCGUCUCCGUCGACGUCGUCGUUGCAAGAGAGAGCGAUUUUCCCGAUUUUAAUGGUUUUUCUUGAUUCGAUUUUUUGUUUCGCGUCCUUCCGAAACAUAUGUGGGUCGCCGCGAUCUGUGGUCUACUUUUUUCCUCCUCUUCUUUCUUUCUUUUUUCGUCUCUGUGCGUCUUUUCUCUGCAUUGUUCUGAAUUCAAGAAUCUGGAAUUUUGAGAAUGAACUUUAUUGGCUUGAACUUGACUUUUUAGUUUUUUCUUCCAGUUUUUUACUCCAGAUAUCUUUGGAGUGGUGUCCGUUUGAAAAUGAAUGCAGUUUGAGAAUCUUGUAAUUGGUUUGGUAGUUUAGUAAGUAUUUAAUGGACUUUUGAGACUCUUUUUCAUGGAUUCUCAAUUUCUUAGCUUCAUAAAGUAGCUGUGAUCCGUAAAGUUGGAUUCAGAAGUAAAGGAGGCUCAUUUUUGUUCGAAUUAGCUGGUAUUUUCAGCUGGAUUUUUCAUGUUUUCAAUUUUUCUAAAAUUUGAAUCUCCCUUUCCCUUUUUUCUCACCUCGAUUCGAAUUGAGAGAAAGGAGGGAGUUUUUUCAAAUCCGAUGAUGGGAAAAUCGACGUUAUGUGUGUGAAGAAGGUAAUCGAUGAUCGGAACUGUUUUCACGCCUUGAUUCUCCUCCUCUUUCCCUUCCUCGGCCGCGACCCGACUGCCUGUACAAACACACAAACGAUUUUGCGAAUUUGUGCCCGUGUCUGUGUGUAUGUGUGUGUACGAUUUUCGCCUUUUCUCUCGCUCUUCGAUUUGGGAAAGUGAAAUCGAUUAUAGUUUGACGGAGAGACGGUUUGAAAGGGAGAACGGAGUGGGGAUCGGGUACAUGAAGAGAAAUAAAAACAGUUACAAAGACAUAUAUGCUUUGUGGAGACAAGAAAGAGUAUAUUCAAUCAUCUGGAGAGAAUUUCAAUUAUUGAAUUUUUUCCAGAGUUUGCUGUGAUAAGAGUAGAAUAGGAUUCAUGGUGGACGUGGCCUUGAAAGAUCCAAUGCUUUUAACUUUUUAGUGAGUUGCUAUUAAAAAAAAUGAAAAUUUGAUCCACUCCAAACUUUGGUAAUGCACCCUGGAGGUUCCUGAGCAUUUCUAGUGAUACCUUUAGCGGCUUCACACCCUUAAAUGAUUUCUAGAAGUGCUCAGAAGCGUCCCGAGCGCGUCCACAUUGCGUUACCGAUGUCCGAGCAUUUUUCAAAAAUCUGACUCUUUCGAAGCUUUAUUUAGAAUACUCUGAGACGCUCUCUUUUUACAUUUUCCGAAAAAUUCAUCUGAUGAAAAGCUUCACCCUUUUCAUUGCCAAAAAAAAUGGGUAAGAAACCCGUUUUAUACUAAUCGAUAAAUGACGCCAAAACGUGUGCUACUACCGAUAAGAAAAUAUGAUAAGAAAAAAUUAUCCUCCUCACUUCGAUGGCCUGAUAUGAAAUUGAUUAGAAAUAUUCAUAUAUUUUUGUGCUUGAAUACUAUUUUUUUGUUCAAUUUAUAGUGAAUAAAGGUAGCUCGAUUUCGGCGUUAUUUUUUUCGGAUUUACUCGAAAAAGUUGGUCCCACUGAAGAAAUUGGUUGGAUUUAUCCUUUCUCUGAGUAAUUGAUAUUUAAAGCUUGUUCAUAUUCAUAAGUCACAUGUUUUUCGAAAGAAUAUUCUUUUUACGAUUUCGUGGCUGGAUCUUUAAGUCUUUUUGGAGUGAAAAGCUGUUGAAUUUCUUAUCUUUCUGAACGUCGUUCUUAAUUUUUUCAGUACCUCCCUAUCAACGCGAAGAGUUCCAUUGAUUAAUUUUUUUUCAAACGUUUCCAAUUUAUCUUUGUUUUCAGCAGCAAGACCCUUCGAUAAAGGUGAUCCCAGCGGUUCGGAUCACGCGGCUCGUCCAUCGGCCAACACCGCCGCUCAGCUCCGAGAGCUCAGACCAGCAACACAUGCUUGUCGACCCGUUGCCAAGGUCCCUUUUUUAAUUCGUAGUAAUUUGAAUCCUUACUGGGUUAGCCAUCACUGGGAAGGUCUGAAAAAUAGAGAGAAAUUUAAUUCUUGAUAGGUUUUUAAAAUUUUUCAUUUUCUGAUUUUUUCCCUUGAAAUGUGUCUUAUGAACGGACCGAGAAAGUGUUCAAAAGCUGAUUUUUCUUUAAUUUCGUGAAACUUUGAAGAUUAAAAAUUGACUGAAUCCCUCAAAGCUUCAUUUCAAUUUGUGGCAAUGUUAAAAGCCUUUACAAAAUUUGAAAGAGACGUUCGAGCGAUUUUCAAAAUUUAAGAGCAUAAUUUCGAUAAUCUACACUUUUAAACUUAUUUGGAACCCAAAUGCAGCCUGGAAAUAAGGAAUCUGUCAUAAAUUGUAAGUUUUUAGAGGUGAAGCAAUUGAUGAAGAGCCUCUGAAAGUCCCUUUUCCCAUAUUUUCUCCAAGUUUUUCAGUUGAUAAUGGUCAAGCCAAUAAAAGCAUUCCAGGGGAUCAAAGACAAAUAAAUUUUUAUUCCUAACCUUUUUAAACUUGAUCAAUUUUAGAGUGGAGCAAGUGAACAACGUCCACGGCUUCUCGGCCCCUGGGACGGUUUCUUCGUCGUCGGCGGUCGCAGAAGACGUCUUGACGUCGUCGGCUUCACACCAUCAGAACUUCGGCACGACCUUCUCGCCGCCGCUGACGACGUCGAGCCGAUCUUCGGUGGUUCUUGAGACGACGCCGCCCCUCGGCACGUCUUCAGCCAUCGCCGCCGUCGCGUCCUCCUCUUCGGCAAUUUUCACUGCACCCAUCCCGUCGACCUACCUGACGUCGGUGACGACUUCGUUGACCAACGGGAGCGUGUCGCACGUCGUCGACUCGACGACCUCUGUCGGCACCCAUCUUCAGCAGCAGCUCCAGCUCCAGAACUCGGCCUCCUACAACACCAAUGGCACGACCAACUACAGCUCGAUCGUCUCGGCGGCCCUCAACCAGGAAUUGACCAAUCACAAUCGGUUACCCCUGGGGAUGGCUGGCCUGCUGCCUGCCGAUUUUGCUCAUCUCAACGGAGGCGCUGAGUUGGAGGAGAAGACCGUCAAGGCGGUUCUCACGGCCCCGCUCGUUAGCAAUAAGGGUGAGUUUUCUGAUGGAAUUUGAUGGAUAUAAGAAUUUUUGAAUUUUAUAGUUCAAAAAUCUCCAUAUAGAAAAACUUCUGAAGUCAUAGGAUAACGCUGAAAACUGAACAAUUCUGGCUUCAAUCAUUUUUUUUUAUUUGCAGGCAAACGAGCCCGCGAGAUCAAGGAGUACGACAAGGUGCCGAAGCGGUCGCGGAUCAACAACCGCACGGCGGCAGCGGCUGCUGCAGCUGCAGCUCACGCCAAAACCGACCGAAACAGCAUGCAGCGACUGAUCAACCUCGUCGCGCCUGUCGUCUCGGAAACCGUCUCCGACUUCCAGCGAGAUCGCGUCGCUGACCGCACCGCCGCCGCUGAACGACGUGCCGCGUCGUCGAUGGCCACGCCGUCGACGUCUUCAGCUGCCGCCCAGCAGGACAUCAAGGACGUCAAGGACAUCCAGUUGACCCAUAACAACACCUCGCCGUCCAACAACUCGAUCAAUGGUGAGUUUCGAAAAAAAGAGCCGUGAAAACAUGAAUGGAUCAGAAAAGACGAUGUAGUUUAGCUAUGGUGCGAGAAUUCAUCAGUUUUAGAGGCUUCUGCCAUUUUUCUGAAAUAUUUAGUGAAUAUUUCUUCUAAUAGAAUCUUUUUCUGAUUCCAGGCCCGACUACUUCAACACCAACAUCAAGUCGGAUAAGUGCCACCGCGACACUGCCUUCUUCGAUGGAGCAACUCCUUGAAAGGCAAUGGGAGCAAGGAUCGCAAUUCCUGAUGUCCCAGGCACACUUCGACGUCGCCCAGCUUCUGACCUGCUUGCACCAGCUCAAGUCGGAGAACAUCCGCCUGGAAGACCAACUCGUCUUACUGACGAAACGGCGAGAACACCUGAUGGCGCUGAACCAGAGGUUAUCCCAGCCGCUGGGUCCUCCCCUCCCCAAACCGCAGCACCAUCAACAGCCGCAGCAAGUGCAUUCGACGUCUACAGCCAGCACGUCGGGAGUUUCCGAUGCGGUUGUCCAGCAACACCCUCCGCAUCAUUCCGUCGUCAGCCCGCAUCACUCGCCGCACGUCUCCGUCUCGAUGCCCCAACCUGAUGAUUCUAUGAAUCAACUGCGGUCUCUGACGAUCGGCAAUGGUCUCAGGCCAGUGGUUGCUCUGGCGGCUCCGGUCGCAUCCACGCCGUCGACUUCCGUGGCUCAGGCUUCGCACAUGACCAGCCAGUCCUCGAUACCCAUCUCUUCCAUCCGAGCACCCGUUUCGAGCACGUCUUUUACGACACCGCAGCAGCAGAGGUGCAUCUUUGAUUCUGUUCUUUGUAUCUAUAGUUUAAAUCAGGUCGAUUUUCGCUUUGAAUGUACCAUACGAGAAUAUAAGAUUCUAGGACGAAUCGGCUAGAAAUAUAGUGCGAAAUUUUGUUUGACUAUGUUCUAGGAGAUUGACAGACUUUAAUAUUAUUUGACUAGGAACUUGGAUAGGCCAAUAAUCUGUGGGAUUCAGUGGUUCAAGGAGAACUCAAUCAAUUCUCUCAAAAAAAAAAGAAACAAGGUUUCAAACAUCUUUGUUAUUCCAGAACAGCGACACCGACCAGUGCUGCAUCGAUGGUUCCAUCAACGUCGACUACGAUUCAGACUCCGAACCUGUCGACAACGCCGGCAACCUCGUUAGCCACGUCGAUAGCGUCGGUCGCCGACCUGGCCAACCUCAGUCCUGAGCGAUUGGCCCAGUUGACAGCCGCCUCGCCGCUUCUGAACAGCGUCUACCGGAAUCAGUUGCAAUUCAACGUAAGGAGUUUGUUCGGAAAAGCUCGAGCUCAAUAGUGCGUUAACUUCCAAAUUGUCAGACCUUGAAAGUUGGCUCUUUCUAUCUGAGAUGUUGGUUGGGUUUUUUUUUUCUCUUUUCUGAGGCUUGAAGACACUUUACAGUUCACAAGGAAGGUCGUGAUACUCCGGAAAUUAGGGCAUUUUGCAAGUUUCAGAUUUUCACCAUGGACAUAGGAGAACUUUUGAGCGAUUUAUAAACAUUUUUGAGAUUUCAACUAGAAUUACUCCCUUUGUGCGUUUCAAAAUGUCCAAAAUUCAAACCUGGGUUCCUGUAUUUCUCCAGAAAAUUCUCCUUUAAAGAUUUCAAGUUUUAAAUCCGAAUUAAACUGAUUUUUAAUGGAACCUAUUUGAAUAAGAUCUAAUCGAGCUGUACACAGGACCCUGCCGUCCUGUCGCUGCUGCUCAGCAACCCGGGAUACCUCAACCAGAACAUGUUCUCGAGACUGGUCAGCAACCCUCAACUGGCCGCCGUCGCCUCGGCGAUCGCCGCCUCCGCCGGCCAAACCAUCCAUCCGAACGGUGCUGCCAGCAAUGGGAAGCAGCUCUGA